AUGGUAACGAUUGAUGCGGAUUUACAUAAACCUCUUCCCCCUUUACCAAUAAGUCAAGAGGAAAACAUAAGUCAAGAGGAAAACAUAAGUCAAGAGGAAAACAUAAGUCAAGAGGAAAACAAAAACCAAGAGGAAAACAUAAGUCACGAGGAAAACAAGAAAAUGAUGCAAGAAGUUUCUCAAGAACAAAUUACAGGCAUUGAUCGUAGGCUAGUUAUUUCAGAUCAAACCUAUCAGAGAUUGAAGGAAGGUUAUUCCGGAGAAUUAUCAGAUAUCAAUCAGUUAGUUGAGAAAGCUAUCGAUGAGAUCGAAGAAAUGAAAAAUAAAUUAAUUGGGAAUACUAAAAAGGAGGGAAAGAAAAGAAGUCAUAAGUCUAACCUUAUUAAUUUACUAAAAAAGUCUUCUAAUGAUAAUCUAGGAGAUAAUGCACAAGAAAUGAUAAAUAAGUUAAGAAAUGAAUUAAGAGGUGAAGAAAAUAAAUUGAAAAGUUUAAAUAACGAUAAAAAUGGCGAAAAAGAUCCUAAAAAAUUUGCCGAUUUACAAAAACAAAUUGAUGAAUUAACGACCAAGCUGAAUGAUAAGCAAGUAGAACUGGAUAAAUUACAACUGGAUUUUACUCUUUAUAAAAAAAUAACUGAUAAUAUUCAUAACAAACAAGAACAAUUAAGUACAUUAUUAGAAUAUAAUCCAAAAAAUGUGACUCUGAAGCGGUGGCUUGAAGCAAAAAUGGUUAAGGAAAUAACUGACGUUGAUAUUUUAAAAGAAUCAUUGGAUAUUCAUUUUGGAGAUAUUGGAAGUGAAGUUUUAGAGGAAAUCGCUAAAGUUAAAACUGAAAUUACAAAGUUAGAAAUGAAGCAAGAAAAUAUCCUAGAAGAAAGAGGAGAAUCAUUAUUUGAAGAAAUGAUAAAAGAAAAAGUUGAUAAUACAAUUAAAAAAAUUCGAAUAAAACUUGAAAGUAUCCUAAAACAGUUGAAAGAUAUUAAUAAUUUUGUAGAAAAUAAUAAAUGGCUAUCAUAUUUUCCGGGAAGCAAUAGGUUAAAAGGUUAUUUAAAAAACACCAUUGUCACAAUGUAUGAAUUAAUAAAAAUCGAAGAUGAAGAAGGGAUAUAUUACGAUACUGAAGAAAUUACUAAUACUUUGCCGUUCGGUAAUUUAAACUUAAUUUAUGAAUCUAACUCCAAUUCACAACCAAUAUCACCUACAUCUACAAGUAACCCAAUAACUCAAUCCACUACUUCUAAAAUACCCGUUCAAGUAGUAAAUAAUAUUAACGUAGCUCAUUCUGUUUCUAAUGGAAGCCAGGCGCAAUCGCUGUCUAAACAGUUUGAAAAUUUAUAUGAUGAUAUUUGCAACAAAUUGGAUAACGAAGGUAAAAAAAUCUUAAAAACUUGGAAGGAAAAUAAUAUGGGAAAUUUGGUAGAAAUAUUAAAAGGAAGAGGAAUAUCUGAAGAAAAUCGUCAACAAUUACAAAAUAUCAAUGAUAAGUCACGAGUUAACAAAAUUAAAUAA